CCAACUCCCAACUCCCAGUAUCAGUUCAGCUUUCGAGUGGUGACUGUGUUUCAGUGCUUUCUCUUAACUCACGACGUAUCAAUUGGGAUACCUAUAAGUUGAGUUUAACUGUGUGAUGCUGUAAGAUGGAGACUGAAGAAAUAACAAAACUCGUCGAUGGAAUAUACAAGGUGAGCGUUGAAGAUUGCGUACGGGGUGCUGUACCCGGAGCUAAUAUUCUCGACAAGUUCAAUCCUGGCGCUCGUCAGAUGAUCAACGCUGGGAAGGCCUAUUUGAAAGCAUUACACGGUGCGGCUGCGGCGUCUCGAAUCUACGUGGAGGCGAUAACCAAGUUGGCAAGGCAAUCGCAACAAGGGACAUGGGGCGGAUCCUCGGAUAUCGGUUCUGCUCUGAUGCAAAUAGUCGAGGUGUACAAGGAGAUACAAGCCCAGCAGAUGAAUAUCCUCAAAGCGUUCUAUGUGGAUCUUCUUGUACCUCUCGAGACGAAUUUGGAGAAAGACACAAAAGUCGUCCAGUCGGAACAGAAAAGGUUCCUCCAACAACACAAGCAGCGAUCUGAGACCUACUCCAAAGCGGCCGCGACCAUGAAAAAGCAGAGGAAGAAGCAGAAAAACAGCUCGAAGACAGGGAUUGCCAUGGAUAAGGAACUCAAGAGUAUGCAAAUUUUGGAAGAGGAACGAUCGAAGUUGGAUGCAUUCUGUGAGCAAAGUUUGAAAAAUGCGAUGACUCAAGAAAGGCGAAGGUAUGGCUUUGUCCUUGAAAGACAUUGUUCACUCGCCAAGCACUAUCUGGCCUACCAUUCAGCAGGAAACAGCCUGUUUCAGACCCACCUGGACAACUGGCAAGAGGUUGCCAAGUCAAGGGAGUAUCUCCCAAAUUCGGUCGAAGGAAUGUUUGCAAACAAACUUAGCCAAAUAAGUUUCUGGGCAGAGAACUCAGGUAAUGGACUUGACAUGGAUGGGAAGUUGGAAGAUGAUAGGGUCUCAUUGGCUUCACAGCUCAGGAAGACCAAAUCUGUUGACGUCUCUUGCUUAGAUGUAAGAGCUAUGGGUGACUUGGCUAGCCCUGGGCAGCACAGGCCUCUAGCUAGGGCAAAGUCGGACUUCAAUUUGACAGCCAGUACAAACUCUUUAACACAUGAAAUAUCAAGCCCGGAUAGACGUCCAAAAUCAAUGGCUGUUCCUGAUACAAGUACAUGGGACACUCCUCUGGCCAGAGCUUUAUAUGCUUACUUAUCAUCAGGAGAAAACCAGCUUAGUUUCUUAGAAGGAGAUGUUAUUGCCUUAAUGGGUGAAAGAAACAAGGGUUGGCAAUUUGGCGAAAAUCUCAGAACACAGAGUAGUGGCUGGUUUCCACUAGCAUACACAGAACCCUUCAUCGAUGAUACAGCUACGAGUGCAUCAUCACCCACACACAGGCGCGGAACAGCAGUGGAUGAUGCGACUACCCCGAGUGGUGGUGGACCGGGAGGCAGCGGAGGUGGGUUUGACACCCCUUGCCCCAGAGCUCCACCCACAAUGCGCUUCGGAGAUACUCUCGCCCUCAGAAAUCAUGCAUCCCAGUUACAGGAAGGAAGUGCUGGUGGGAUGGUUGGUAUUAGAACAGGACCUCCGACUGGGCCUGCUCCGACGAUCCCAUCUAAAAAUGGAGGUGGAGUUAAAGGUGUUGUUCAGAGAAAUCCUCCAGGUCCUCCAAAUGCAUCACUCCAUUCAAGCAACGACUCCGGUUUUAGCAACGAUCCUCCCCCAGCACCUGAAGUCGACUACUCUGAUGAUGAACACAAUAGAGAAACGUUGGUGAGGAACAAGAGACGACCUAGGGAUGCAGAUACGUUGAGGAGCUGGGUGGAUGAUGACUGGAAUGACAACAAAUCAACAAUGGUCCGACAACACUCUACCAACCGGGAAGAAUCGAGAAUUGAGCGAGUUCAGAAACAGCUCAAGGCCCUUGAACUCCCUUACGAAAAGAAAGUCAAGCGCACAAAAUCUUUGUGGAAGUUGAGGAGAGGCGAUGAUGUCAUUGAAGGGAUGGCCAUGUGGCGGCACAGAUCUCUUAUCGACCUCAACAGAAGUGGUGGAAACAGCCCGCUAUCAGACAAAAAACGUAGGGAAGACGAUGCCGGUAUUGAGACAGAAUCUUGCAUUGUAGUAGCGGACCACAGAGUCUCGAGAGAAGCGACACUUUUACCAAGAACACGCCUCUUGAAAAAAGCAGCACAUUCAACAAUGGAUAUGCCCGGUUCAAGGUUGUCACAUGCUCAACCUCAAUGGUACAACUCCUGGGAUGAAAUCAAAGGAUAAGAAAUGGUAAAAAAUAAUAAUCUGGUGGAGGACUAACUAUUAAAUUAAUGACAUAUUUCUCUAUUCGAGUGCCCUGUUGUAUUUGAACCAUACUUAACAAGGCAUUAGCCCGUUUCACCGAUGGUGGAAUACCGAGUACCUCAUUGAUCCUUAUUUUGGCUAGUUUUACAGUUUUUGUAUAUAGCGAUGGAAGAAUAUUGAAAACUCCUGGAAUGAACAGGAAAACAAUAAGUGAGUGAGCAUGGGUUUAUGGUUAAAAUCAGAAACUGCAAAAACACCAAAGUAGGUGCUUCCAGCCACUAGUCGUUAAGAGUUGAAUAUUAAUUACAUCAAUUAUUAUUUCUGCAUUAAUAAAAAAUAUGGACUGAAGCACGUAAAUAAAGGUUUAAAAUGACUGUCCAACAUUUCUUGCAUUUGUAAUAGAAAUCUAUCCAAUCUCAUUUAAAACUCAUUACACCUAACAAUCAUCAUUUUUCAGGGCAAACGCAUUUGCAGCGGUGAAAUUAAAAAAGACGAAGACCAAUGAUCGCUCUGCACCUCUGAUUUUGUAACAAUCAAUACUGAAAGGGUCUCAGAUUCCCCAAUUUUAAAUUGUCUGAUUCUUAU